UCAUAUAUAAAUAGACAUAUUGAGCUCCUCAUGAUACUCACUUGUAUUGAACAAGUUCAAUAAUUCAUAGUUGUCUCAAUUCUUUACAACAUCACUUUACAACAUAUUUCUCUCUGUUUCUGUUCCACUAUAUAAAAAAAAUGGACUUGUUACAAAGUUCCACACUUACCUACCUAGUAAUAAUUUUCACUUUCUCUAUACCUCUCCUUCUCAAAUUUCUUAUUCCAACAAACAAAACCAACAAAAUAAACUACUCUAAGCUUCCACCAGGUCCUUCACCACUUCCCAUAAUUGGAAACCUUCUAAAACUAGGCAACAAACCACAUCAUUCUUUAGCAAACCUUUCCAACAUACAUGGUCCAAUAAUGACACUAAAAUUAGGCCAAGUUACAACCAUUGUAAUAUCCUCAGCAGACAUAGCAAAAGAAGUCCUACAAACACAUGACAACAUACUAUCAAACCGGACUGUCCCAGACGCACUCUCCGUUCUCAACCAUGAUCAAUAUAGUUUGUCAUUUAUGCGUGUUUCUCCGCGUUGGCGUGACCUUAGAAAAAUUUGCAAUAACCAGUUGUUUGCAAACAAAACUCUCGAUUCGAGCCAGACACUAAGGCAGAGGAAAUUACAAGACCUCUUAGACGACAUCAAAAAGUGUAGUGAAAUUGAGGAAGCUGUGGAUAUUGGAAGAGUUGCUUUCAUGACGACGACUAAUUUGUUGUCAAAUACUUUUUUCUCGGCAGAUUUUGUGCAUUCUGUCGAGGAAGCUGGAGAGUAUAAGGAGAUUGUUGUGAGUAUAUUGAAGGAAGUUGGAGCACCGAAUUUGUCAGAUUUUUUUCCUAUGCUGAAGAUUUUUGAUUUGCAAGGUAUUAGAAGGCGUUCUGUUAUUUCUGUUAAGAAGGUUUUGAGUAUAUUUAGGAGAUUUGUUGGGGAAAGGUUGAAGAUGAGGGAAGGUACUGGUUCUAUUGGGAAUGGUGAUGUGCUUGAUGCUUUACUUAACAUUUCUUUGGAUGAUGGGAAGAUUGAGAUGGAUAAAGAUGAGAUUGAACAUUUGUUGAUGAACAUAUUUGUUGCAGGAACAGACACAAUAACAUACACACUAGAAUGGGCAAUGGCAGAGUUAAUGCAAAAUCCAGAAAUCAUGUCAAAAGUACAAAAAGAACUUGAACAAGUUGUUGGCAAAGGUAUUCCAAUACAAGAAACAGACAUAGCUAAGUUACCAUACAUGCAAGCAGUUAUAAAAGAAACUCUUCGUUUACAUCCAUCAGUUCCCUUAUUACUUCCUCGUAAAGCAGAAACAGAUGUUGAAGUUGGUGACUACAUUAUUCCAAAAGAUGCACAAGUUUUGAUCAAUGCAUGGGUUAUUGGUAGAGACCCAAAUAAAUGGGAUAAUGCUAAUGUUUUUGUACCAGAGAGGUUUUUGGAUAGUGAAGUUGAUGUUAAAGGACAUCAUUUUGAGCUUAUUCCAUUUGGGUCUGGAAGAAGAAUUUGUCCUGGUUUGCCUUUGGCUAUUAGAAUAUUGCCUAUGAUGUUGGGAUCUUUGGUUAAUUGCUUUGAUUGGAAACUUGAAGAUGGAUUGAAUAUUGAUGAUUUGAAUAAAGAAGAUGAAUAUGGGAUUACUUUGGAAAAAUCUCAACCUCUGAGAAUUGUUCCAAUCAAAUUGACUAAACAAUAAUCUACCAUAUAUGCACGAUUCUCUCCCACAGUGUAGCGGCACAACAACAAAAGAAAAAUUGUGUAGAAAAGUGCUACCUCAUGUGAUGGUAUAUUGAGUUAGUUAAAAAAUAUUUUACUGCAGCGCAACACCGUGAGAGAGGAUCUGAGUGCUAUAUGCACAUGUUAUACACAUGUGUGUUAGUUCUAACAAAAUAAACGAUUAUGGUCAAAUGUAAGUGUUAUUUGAUGUUUUGUUUUCUUUGUCGACUUUGUUGUAAUACCCCCCUUGUCGCGACCUUUUUGUCUUAGUGUUGUAAGUGUUCUAGGUGAUGUUAAGAGAACAACCAAUAUUCAAUUUAGAACAAGACGUAGCUACAAAGAAUGUAUAAUUUUGGUAGCUUCAAUAUAGUGAAUGGAUCAGGUCAUCUUUGUUGAGUUGAAA